CAGCUGUGGACUGGCAGGAGAGAACUUGCUCAUGACGUGAUUUUUCGGGGGAUCUGCUCCUGUCAUGCGCGGUAUAUAAGUACAACUCCCCGAGGCAAUGUUUCAGAUUCCCAACGGACUUAUCUUCAUCAUUCUUCUCAGGUUCUCCAUUUUAUCAACAGACCAUAUCCCACACCAUAGCCGUUCUACCGUACAUUUAUUUUCGAUCGCACUUGUUCGAAUUCCUCGCCAGCUGUCAACUGCUACCCACGCGAGAUGUCUCAGUAUCCGAACCAUGACCCGGCAGGGUCUUCAUCCGGCCAACAGCAAGAGAACACAGAUGAGCAGAACACGCCGCCAUUCUUCACAAACUACGACUACCAGGAUCCGAGCUUCCUAGGCCUUGAACAGCCCUCAACAACCACUUAUCAUGAUCCGACCAGUUCGUCAUUUGGUACUUGGCCGAGUCAACCAGGCGUCCACAUGCAACCUACAUCCAAUACGUCUUCGACUUUUCCGAACCAGUAUUAUUCCGCUAUGCCAUUCAAUGGCACGGGAAUGGGCAACCUGGUUGAGCCUUCUCCCAGCAACAGCUUUUUGCCUAUGAGUGGCGCUUCCCAGGCAGCUCACCGGUCGCUGGCUCAAUCAGAUGUCGGAUUCGGGGGCUGCAAUCACCCAGUGGCUGGAGGAACAAUGGGUACUGGACAAAUCGCGGGGGAUGGUCAGAACCCACGCUUUCAGCCCUUUCAUCAGCAGUCACCGCCUGGCAAUUACGAAGGUCAAUUCAACUUCCCAAGCAAUGGUGAAACUGCUGGAGAAGGCUUGCCUAUGGAGUCAUCCGAUGUGGAAGGUCAACACAACGUCGAGGCUUCUAGGCCUGAAGAAAGAGCCGACACAGCGGAACAGGAUACUCAAGGCCACCGAACCGGAGAUACAAAUGUCGGCUUGAAUCUUACCACUGUUACGCCUGAGCCCUGGUAUUGUGGAAGAUGCAACACAGGGUUUACGGUUAUGCGUUGGCUAUCAAGACAUAGAAACUGGAAAUGUGGGAGCUGUGAUGCAGCCUACGGAUGUAUCGUCCAUGUGCGGCAUCAUAUGCAGGCGAUGCACGCCGGUCAAGAGAAUUCACCCAUGCCUUUGAGCAAUCUACUACUUGGAUGCCGCUGGUGCAACGAUACUUUCAAGGGAACGGGCGGCCUAGCGAGUCACAAACGGGGUCACUUUCCCCAGACACUUGGCGCAUCUGCUUCCUGGGCGUGUCCGGAAGAGGGCUGUACAGAAAUCCAAGAUCCACAACCAAGGGAUGAAGUAGUGAAACACAUGCUUUCGAGGCACGACGACCUCUACAUAUUACCUAUUGAUUGCGACCCUCUAUGGGUACAAAAAUUGGACUCGAUGGGCUAUCUGUGUCCAUUCGAAGAAUGCAAAAGAGCAAAUGAUUCGUUGGAGGAGCUAAGAAGGCACAUGAAGAGCCACGAGAGAAACAAAAUCAUCACUCAACAAGCACCAGUGGCUCCCGUGUCACAGCCCGGAAAUUCGGACAUGCUUCCCGGCUCUCCAAGCGGCGCGAGAUUCAAUGGAUCGUCAUCAAAUAUGACACAUCCUGAUGGAGAAGAAGAUGAAAGACUUGUGUCGGGUGGAUAUGGAGGACACGACGGUCCGAACGACCAGCCUGAGCAGCAUCCCAGCCCAGAGUUGCAACAUCAAGGCAUAGAGUCGGUCCCGCUCGCUGACUCUUCCGAUGCUGGUACCAGCCUACCAGGCACUCAAGCCCACGAAAGCACACUUCAGGGAGGACAAGCCCAGCCACAGCAACGGCCAUCCGUCAACUCUGCGUCUACCGGGUUCAAAUGCCCAGCCUGUGCCGCAGCGUUUUCUACAAAUGCGGUACGAUCUGCGCAUAUAGCCUGGUCGUGUCCGGCCAGCCCUCGGACAGAAAGACGUAACUCACCAAUUGGGAAACACCUGGCCUUCUUGCACGAGGGCAAGGGCCCGGUCGUCGAACACUGA